GCCCCAGCCGGGGGCGGACGGGCGGCGGGGCCGUGUGUCCUGCCCUGCCGGGGAGGGCCCUGCGCAGCGCCGCCGCCGCUGCUCCCGCUCCGCGCACAAUGGCGACUCCCAGCCCCAGCGGCGGCUCCGGGGGGAGCGGGAGCGGGCCCGGGCCGGGCGCCGCCGGCAGCAGCAGCAGCAGCAUGCAGGGUAAACGCAAAGCGCUGAAGUUAAAUUUUGCAAAUCCACCUUUCAAGUCCACAGCAAGAUUUACUCUAAAUACUUCUGGAGUUCCUUUCCAAAAUCCACACAUAGAGAGACUGAGAACACACAGCAUUGAAUCAUCAGGAAAAUUGAAGAUUUCCCCUGAACAACAUUGGGAUUUUACAGCAGAGGACUUGAAAGACCUUGGAGAAAUUGGACGAGGCGCUUAUGGUUCUGUCAACAAAAUGGUCCACAAACCAAGUGGGCAAAUUAUGGCAGUUAAAAGAAUUCGGUCGACAGUGGAUGAGAAGGAGCAGAAGCAGCUUCUGAUGGACCUUGAUGUGGUGAUGAGAAGCAGUGACUGCCCCUACAUUGUUCAGUUUUAUGGCGCGCUCUUCAGAGAGGGUGACUGUUGGAUCUGUAUGGAGCUCAUGUCUACCUCGUUUGAUAAGUUUUACAAAUAUGUAUAUAGUGUAUUAGAUGAUGUUAUUCCAGAAGAAAUCUUAGGCAAAAUCACUUUAGCUACUGUGAAAGCACUAAACCACUUAAAAGAAAACUUGAAAAUCAUUCACAGAGACAUCAAACCUUCCAAUAUUCUUCUGGACAGAAAUGGGAAUAUUAAACUCUGUGACUUUGGCAUUAGCGGACAGCUCGUGGACUCCAUUGCCAAAACGCGGGAUGCAGGGUGCCGGCCGUACAUGGCGCCGGAGCGGAUAGAUCCCAGCGCCUCGCGGCAAGGCUACGACGUGCGCUCCGACGUCUGGAGCUUGGGCAUCACAUUGUACGAGCUGGCCACGGGGCGAUUCCCCUACCCGAAGUGGAACAGUGUGUUUGACCAGUUGACACAAGUAGUGAAAGGAGACCCACCACAGCUGAGUAACUCAGAGGAAAGGGAGUUUUCCCCAAGCUUCAUCAACUUCGUCAACUUGUGCCUUACAAAGGACGAGUCCAAAAGGCCAAAGUACAAAGAGCUUCUGAAACAUCCCUUCAUCCUGAUGUAUGAGGAACGCACAGUGGAUGUUGCAUGCUAUGUUUGUAAAAUCCUGGAUCAAAUGCCAGCAACUCCCAGCUCUCCAAUGUACGUGGAUUGAUACUGCUGCUACAUCAAACUCUAGAAAAAGGGCUGAGAGAAAACAAGCUGUAAAGAAUUUUCAUCACAUAUUGCAGUGUUUUUAAUGCUCGCCCAGACACCAUGUGCAAUAAUAUUGGUGUUAUUUCCAUCCUGUCUGUAUACUGUUGUCACAUAUAAAGUGCAUCCCUGUAAUACCUGAUCACACAGUGUUAGUGUUGGUCACAGAGAGACCUCAUCUUGCUCUUUUGUGGACAUAUUCAUGAAAUGUGGAAAUAAGUACAUAUAUUUGUUGACUGUGAUUGGAUAGCACCUAAAAUUCAUUUCUAGACUCAAAACUUGGAGACUUCUCAGCAGCUACUGGAAAGAUUUUUCUCUCAAACUCUUCCAAUUGUUGUUUCAAGUAAUAAUAAAAAGCAAACAAACAAAAGUUAGGCGUUGUCUGUCUGAACAUUAAGAGACUUUGCCUGGAGGGAGAAGAACUUGCUUAACCAACAAGAUGCUUUGCCUUCUGGAGCUGGAAAGGCAAAGGAGAAUUUUAUUCUUCACAAAGUGCAAUAGAUUUACUGCUAUGAAAUUCUGUUGCUUUACAGUCGCAGUGUACUUUCUGGGGACAGUGUGCUCAGCUGAACUUCCUGUUAAAAAGAGAUCAUGUUAAAUAUAGUGAAUAUGUCUUUACCAAAAAUAUGUUGCGUUGAAAGAGGCUAACAUUAAACUAUUGAGAUGGGACAUAAUGUAUUCUUCUUCCUUUUACCAAGCCAGCCACUCUUCACUCUUAACUAGGUGUCCUGUAAAUUGUUACCUGGUAAGAUAAGACCUUUGACCUGAAGAAUUAUUAAACUACUUGAUUGAAUUUAA